AUGACGAAGGAAACCGACCUUUGGCCCCUGUACACUUUCUACAGAUCUGUUCCACUGUUGCUCUUCGGUGAUCAUCAUCAAUUGCAGUCGAUCAUUAAGAGUAACCCGGAAACAAAUCAAUUCUACAGGCAAUUGCAACUGUCGCCGUUUGCUCGCUUCGUGUAUGCUGGCUUGCUCGUGGAGCUUCUUCGUGAACAGCACCGCAUGGCUCCUGACAUUUCUGAUAUCGUGAAUCGGAUCUUCUACGCCAAUCAACUUCGUGAUGCAAUAGAAGUGACUCUCCCGCACAACCAAAUGGCUCAGAAAAUCCUGGAGUGGAACAAAACUGACCGCAUCUCCUGUAACUCGAACGCCAUCUUUGUGGAUGUCCGUGAUGCAAGUCCCGGGAAGAUUGGGUAUUCCAUCUUUAACAACACGUUUGCGGAACAGGGUAUCUCCCUCUGUCGAGCAUUGCUUCGCGGAAGUAUCCUCAACCCGAAAGACAUUGUGAUCCUUACCCCAUAUGAAGCUCAAUACCGCCUUUAUCAGCGGCUGCUGGUCCAGGCUCACUUGCAAUCUCCACAGCUUGGUUUCAAUCAAGUCGAUGUGCGCAAAGUGGAUUCUUUCCAGGGCCAGGAAAGUUCAGUCGUGAUCCUCGAUGUUACGUUCACUGAGAAGCUCGGAUUCAUGUCCGUUCCGAACAGAUGGAAUGUGGCGCUCAGCCGAGCUCGCAAAGCAUUAUAUGUGCUCUGCGACCGUUCGGGCAUCGGUAAAAAGGGCAGUCGUGUUUACUGUGUCUCUGAGCUAAUCAAAAUCGUCAAUAACAAGCAGCUGUGGGUCAAAUCCCAGCAGCGGCUAAUGACCAAGGGGAAGCGCGGCGCUGAACUCGCAGAGGAACAAAGGGCAUGGAAAAAAAAGUCGAAAUCGAGGCAAUGGAAACCGCCUUUGAACCGACAAGCGCCUUUGGAAAGAUUCCUAUUCGGUUCAUCCAGGAUACAUCUUGAUUAG